AUGUGCUGUGUAGCCAUUGAUGAGUGUGUCAAGCGUGUCUUCUUUUCUGGAGAGGAGAGUAGGGAUAGAGAGACGCGGUNCCUCCAGGUACGCUUUGCAGUAGUGGAUGAGGUCGAGGUUCGAAUUGCGGCUCGUCGUGUCGAAGGCGACAAGCUUCGCCAGCCACUCAACAGGGCUCAGGGGCACAUAGCGUGCGUCGCUCUCGUGCGUAGUCGUCUUUUUGGUAUUGGUGCAGUUGAGAGUGUGACUGCCUUGCGUUUUCUUGCUACGAGACGUGGAAGGGGAGCGUCACCGCACCAAACGGCAACAGCAGCAGCGCAAUGCGCAGCAAGGAAGGAAAGGACGCAGAUGCCCAGGCAACCCCCGUGCACGGAGGAACUCACGGACGCACACUAA